AUGGGGCCGCGAUCAACAGCCAGCUCCCAGAACACAACGCUUCCUCAGCCGUAUCGCGGUCGAUCGGACUCGCAGCCAUCUGUUUUUUCGGCCCAUUCCAACAACUCUGGUCCAUAUACUCCUGGAAAUGAAUAUGGUGGACGCGGCGGAUUUCCCUUCCCGACAUCACCCUCGGAGUCAACUUUCACGGGCGUGGCUAACAGCAGUAACCCUGGACGGUACGAUCUCCGUGGCGAGAAGCUGAAGAAGCUGCUGGGCGAUGAGGCCCCCGGUCGUGCCUCGACCAUGUACUGGUUCCUGAACUAUGACUACCAACAAGGCGACUUGGUGUUGAAUCCAGAGGGACAAGUGAAGGGAGGCACGCUGCCGGCUUUGAUCGAGCGAUUGACUUUGCACGAUGGACUGGAUUCGAAUUUCAUUGCGACGUUUUUGCUCACCUACCGCUCAUUUACGACGACCAAGGAGCUGUUCAACAGCCUGUUCCACCGAUUCACUAUUCAGCCACCUAUGGGUCUGGACACUGAGGAAAUGGAGAUCUGGACAGAGAAGAAACUGACGCCGAUCCGACUGCGUGUGUUCAACAUCAUCAAAUCCUGGCUGGAGACAUAUUAUCUGGAGGACGAGUCAGACGACAGAGAUGCACUGGGGAUGAUCAAGGACUUUUCGGGCUCGACGGCUAUGAAGGAUACGAUGAGCUUUGCAGCCGUCCAGCUGAUCAAGCUGGUGGAGAAGCGUGAGCAAUCCGAGGGAGCGUUCCGGAAGAUGGUGCUCAACCUGACGACGCAGGCGCCUCAGCCAAUCGUCCCGCGUAACCUCAAAAAGAUCAAGUUCCUGGAGCUGGAUCCCUUGGAAUUUGCUCGCCAGUUGACAAUUAUGGAGGCCACGGUGUUCAACAGGAUCCGGCCGGUUGAGUGCUUGGCGAAGGCAUGGACGAGUGAUGAUCAGGAUGUGGCAGCCAGGGCUGUGAACAUCAAGAAGAUGAUCGAGACCAGCAACUUGUACGCGAACUGGAUCAGCGAGCUGAUUUUGAGCGAGAAGGAACUGAAGAAACGUGUCCUCGUCAUCCGGCAUCUUGUCUUGAUCGCAGAGAAACUGCGCGCGUUGAACAACUUCAGUAUGCUGUCGACGACCAUGGCGGCACUAUCACUCUCACCUAUCCAUCGCCUCAAGAGGACGUGGGAGCAGGUUCCGACACGAACAAUGACCUCGUUUAUGGAUCUCCAGCAGCUGAUGGGCGUUGCCAAGAACUGGGCAGAGUACAGGGAAGAGUUGCACUCAGUCAACCCACCCUGUGUACCGUUUGUGGGCAUGUACCUGACGGACCUAGUGAUGAUCCAGGACGGUAACGGUGACUUUUUGAAAAAGUCAAGCCAUCUCAUCAAUUUUUACAAGCGCGUAAAGACGGCGGAGGUGAUCCGGGAGAUUCAGCAGUACCAGUCGGUGCCGUAUUGUCUGACGGCCGUGCCCGAGAUCCAGGCAUUUAUCCGCAGAGGUUUGGAUGGCACAAAAUCAGUCGUGGACUUGCAUGAAAUGAGUUUGGCAUUAGAGCCUCGUGAGCGCAGGGAUGAAGAGAUUGCUCGACUUUUGACCGAAUCCGGCAUGCUGUGA